GCAUGUAUUGUGAAAUACAUGUGGUAUUUAUUAAAGGCUCACAAUAGAAGUUGGUACUUGGUAGGGAUAUACAUUUAUCUUCCAAUUUACAUUUGGAAUUCAUUCUUAGAAUGACAUAAAUAUCAAAGUAAUCAAUGCAAAGAGAGCAAGAGCAAAGAAGGGUAAAAACAAGUAAAAUGGAGAAAUCAGAAGUUGAGGCUCUUCACCACCGCCAAGUUCACAAAAGAUGGGCAAUUCUCAACAGAACAUACGCCUGUUUGCAUAUAUUAGCCAUAGCAGCCAUUUUGUAUUAUAGAGCAGCCUUUUUUCUGUUUCAUUCAAAGUACUACAAUAGGCUGCCAUGGCUUGUGAUAUUUGGUGCUGAGCUCAUACUCGCAUUCAUGUGGAUCCUGAAGCAAUCCUAUAACUGGCAGCCCGUAACUCGGACCGCGUUCCCGGAGAAGCUGCCUAAGGAUAAUGAGGCCUUAUUACCGGGAAUUGAUGUGUUUAUAUGCACAGUUGAUCCUAAUAAGGAGCCUACAUUUGAGGUUAUGAACACUGUUAUAUCUGCUAUGUCCUUGGAUUAUCCUGCUCAUAAAUUAAGUGUUUAUUUAUCUGAUGAUGGAGGUGCUUCUGUCACUUUGAAUGCUAUGAAACAUGCUUGGGUGUUUGCAACUUGGUGGUUACCUUUUUGUAGGAGCUAUAAUAUUAAGCCAAUAUCUCCAAAAGCUUACUUUGAAAACUUGUCCAAACACAAUCACAUAAAUUAUACCAAAGAGUUCAUUCAAGAUAAAGAGAUAGUUAAGGAGAAAUAUGAGAUUUUUAAGCAACGAGUGCGCAGCUGGAAGGAAAAACAUGAGAUUGUUAGUGAUGCUAAGAGAACUCCUCAAGAUCAUCCAGCAAUUGUUCAGGUGAUAGAUGAGAGAUGUAUAGAAGAUCAGGAUGCAACAACCUUGAACUCAGAUUUAGUAGAAAUGCCUUUUCUUGUAUACAUUGCUCGUGAGAAAAGACCUUCUCAUCCACACCAUUUCAAGGCCGGAGCUCUUAAUGUUCUACAAAGGGUUUCUAGCAUAAUGAGCAAUUCUCCGUACAUACUAGUCCUAGACUGUGACAUGUACUGCAAUGAUUCAAUUUCAGCCCGACAAGCAAUGUGUUUUUACGUCGAUUCUAAGAUUUCUCGGUCAUUAGCUUGGGUUCAAUUUCCUCAAAAAUUUCACAAUAUCAGUGAGACUGACAUUUACGACAGUCGGAUGUUAACAACAUGGGAUGUAAUUUUCCCAGGAACAAAUGGACUUCAAGGACCAUUGCUAGCUGGUACAAAUUUUUACAUCAAUAGGAAAGCCUUGUAUGGGUUUCGUAUCGAUGGUGGUAACUAUGACAUAAAUGAGCUUAGGUAUACUUUUGGUUCUUCAAAUGAGUUUACCAAAUCUCUUGUUCAAAAUGAUAAGCCUAAUGAAAUGAAGCAUAGGGAAAUUUCCUCCGAUUAUUUACAAGUAGAAGCUCAAUUCUUAGCAUCUUGUGUCUAUGAAGAGGACACACAAUGGGGUAAAAAGGUUGGUUUUCGAUAUAACUCUGUGGUGGAAGAUGUGAUGACAGGUUUUAUGUUACACACAGAAGGGUGGCAGUCAGUUUACUUGAAUCCAGAAAGUCCACAAUUCUUAGGUUCUGCCACUACUAAUCUCAAUGAAGCAUUGAUUCAAGGCUCAAGAUGGUCUGCAGGACUCUUUCAAAUUGGUCUAUCUAAGUAUUGCCCUCUUCUUUAUACUUCACCAACAUUGAGACUGCAAAUUUUUCAGAGGAUGAUUUAUGUGUGGGCUUCCUUUUGCUCCCUUGAUUUUCUACCAAUAACAUGCUUUGCCAUCAUUCCACCAAUUUGUUUUUUCUAUGGAAUCCCUUUGUAUCCAAAGGUCUCAGAUCCAUUCUUCAUACCAGUUGCUUUUGUUUUCGUAUCAUCACGACUAAAGCAUGUUUGUGAGGUUCUUCUUUGUGGUGAAUCGAUAAAUGCGUGGUUGAAUCUGCAAAGGAUUGUGAUGAUAAAAGGUUUAACUUGUUAUGCUUAUGGAACUCUUGAAUGCGUCAUGACAACCUUGGGGCUUAGAAAAGCAAGCUUCAUACCUACAAACAAAGCCGAAGAUGAUGAUGCUACUAAAUGGUAUCAAAUUGGCAAGUUCGACUUUAGAACAUCAUACAUGUUUCUUGUUCCGAUUGUUACCGCAGUUAUCCUGAAUCUAUUUUCCUUGGUUGUCGGAGUUGCGAGAUUGAUUGUUGGUUACAUCAGUUGGGAUACAAUGUUUGCUCAACUAGUCUUCUCAUUUUAUGUGCUGAUCAUUAGUUAUUCAGUCAUUGAGGGCAUGUUCUUAAGGAAGGACCCUGCAAGUAUUCCUUUUACGGCUACUUUGAUAUCAACUUUGUUGUCUUUGGUUGUCUUCUGUUUAGGAUACUUCUUACUCUUGCUUUAAAUUAUAUUAGAUGAUGAAGAUACUUACCCAAUUUAACGUUUAUAAUUCCCACGACCUCAUCAUAGCAUUGUACCUUAGCUUUUUGUUUAUUGUAAUAAACUAGCUUUUCACCCGUGCAAAAAUGCACGGGAGGCCAUAUAUGUAUGUGAUAUUAUAAAUUAUUUAUGAGACAAAAAGAGACAUGUUAUUAAUGUCA